GUGUAAUUUUGAUUUUGUUUUGUGGGAAAAGGAUUUACAAAACAAUAAAAUAGAUUUAUUCAUUCUGAGAUAGAUGAGUAACUGGAGGAACAACACUGGGGGUCGAAAGCCGCUGUCAUUUGUGGCAGCCGCUCCUCCGCCCCCACCACCUCCUCCACCAAUCCCAGAUGAUGAUGAUGUCUGGGGUGAGGAACUGCCGGAAGAUGCUCUUGAGGAGGCGAUGCUGCUGGAGUCGCAACAUCUUGCCAGGCCACUGACUGAGGACCAUGUCCCAGCCCCAUCAACACACAGCAAGCGGCAGCCGCCGGUGGCGGCGCCCAGCACCGUCCGCGUGCCGCCGCCGGAGCCCGCGGCGCCGCUGUCUGAACUGCAGCAGCUGCGGCGCGACCACCAGGCACUCAGCGAUCAGCUGCGCGCUGCAAAGGCCGACAAGUACACCCAGCAGGGGCAGGUGUCUGUUCUGCGGGAGGAGCUGACACGGCGCUGUCGGGAGCUGGAGAACUGUCGCCUGGAGAGCUCGCGCCAGCUGCAGGAGCAGCACUCCUGUCUGGAGCAGAGCACGGCGGCGCUCAACAAGGAACUGGAGACGCUCCGCACAGAGCUCCAGUUCAAGAGCCACGAGCUUGCCGAGGUCACCCGCCAGUAUCGGGCUCUGCGCGACUCGCCCGGACGCGCUGCCAGUCCGCCGCGGAAGGCGCCGCGACUCGACUCCGCCGACCAGUCGUUCGCCGCCGCUCGCCGCUUCGUCACCAGCUCGGAGUUUCGCCGACCGGAGAAGUUUGCAGCGCGGACCGAGACGUCUGGCACUCAGACGGAUCCGGACCCUGAGGAGUCGCAGCCAGACGGUGACGAGGUGGCCGCCCACCAGCUGGUGCUGUCCGUGCUGCGGGCCUGCGCCGACUGCCGCUGGCUCGACGGCGCCGCUCUCUCUGAGCUGGCCGACCCGGACCCGCAGCGGGCCAGUGGCGCGGCCCACCGGCUGGCCGCCGCCGCCACCGGCCGGCUCGCCGCGUUCUCAGACAGCGUGGAGCGGCUGCGGGCGACCCGGGCUGACGACAGGCAGGUGUGCACGCUGGGCUCUGGCCGGCGUCGGACGGCGGCCCGCCAGGCUCUCCAGCAGGAGGAGACGGCCGCCGUGGCUGCGCUGACCGCCCUCAGACGGCUGGCCGAGUGGUCGGCGCCGCUGGCAGCGCGGCUGGCCGCUGACCGGCCGCUGACCGAGCUGCUGCCGCGACUGCUGCGGCCCGCCAUCGCCCAGGGUGAAGUGACGAAUGCCCACAUUAUGGAGCACACCGCCGUCCUGCUGGCGACGAUGGCCGGCGACACCCUCCCGGACGAACUAUUCCAGGCUCUCUGUCCCGUCGUGCACGAGGUGUUUAACACCAAGCCGCCGUCCCGGCUGUUAUUGGCUCUGCUGGAGCUGCUGAUCAGUGCGGCCGGCACAGGGCAGAUAGCGGGCCUCUGGUGCCGCGCCGCCCCGCCCCCGGCCGAGCCCCCCGCCCGGAAACACACAGGCACGUGUCUGAUGAAGAAGCUGAACAUCCUCUGCUGCGAGCGGGGCGCGCCGUCCGAUCCUCCGUCCCCGUCCAGCUACCGACUGCCUGCGAGUCACAGUCGCCACGGGCCGCAGAGGCAGCCGCUGACCACCGGACGGGCUGACCUGAGCUCGCAGCAGGGUAAACGGUGGAAGCUGUCGGCGGCCGGCGGCGCCUGCGACGCCCGCUGGCUGCGGCUGGUCGGCCUGCUGGUGUGGCGGCCGGCCGCACUGCCCCCGCAGGCGUGCUGCCGCGCCCACCUCACCCUAUUAGUGGUGCAGCUGCUGCACGCAGCCGUACGGCACUGGCAGCACGGCGGCGCCGAUGAGCCGUCAGCCGUGUUGCUCCUGCUCUCCGCCCUCCACCGGCUGGCCGACCUGGACGCCGAGUUCUCCGUGUCCGUCUCCCGCGAGCGGCUCCGCUACCUGGUUACCAUGGAAACGCUGGGCCGCUGCUGGAGGGAGAUGCGACUCACCGCCCAGCACGUGGGGGUGCUCCAGGAGCUGUACAAGUUCCAGCCGGGCACGUUCGAGGGAGCGGGCCUCCUGGAGCUAUCACGGUCCGACUAGUCAGCCGACAUCCGGCCCUCGUCUCCACUGGCGGCGGUGAGGUGCGACAUUAUGGUGUCGCCAGUGUUCGUUGUUGUAAGUCGGUCAUCAUCAUCAUCCAAUGGACGAUGUAAUUCAUCUCAUUUUGUUAUAAUAUCGCACAGGGUAUUGUGCGCAAAUAAAUAUCAUGGAUACGUGA